AUGAUAGACGACCAGCUGAGCAUCAGUCACGUGUCAGUGGGUCCGGCAGGGGUGUGGGCGGUUGGCCUCGACGGAAAGGUGUACUACCGUGAAGGAACGUACAUGAACGACGGGACUCGGGGCACUGCGUGGACGGAAAUCCCCGGAGUCAAUCUCGUGCAGCUGGACGUGGGAAACAGGAUAGUAUGGGGCCUGACUUCCUCUGGCAAUAUAUACUUCCGUACGGGAAUCGAAAUGUACAAUCCGACUGGGUGCGAGUGGCGGCUAGUGCCAGGCUUCCUGAAGGACAUCACUGUGAGCCCCAUGGGUCACGUCUGGGGGGUGACGACAUUUGGCGGGAUGGUACGCCGCGCGGAAGUCAGCUUUCUUAACCCCGAGGGCUUGUACUGGCACUCCGUGGGGCCUUCUAGCAUCAAGUUCUCACGGGUGAGCGCGGGGUGUGCUGGGGUGUGGGGCAUAGAUGAAAACGGCACAGUGCUCUACAGGAAGGGCACAUACAACGACGCCGAUACCCCGGGUAGUGAAUGGAUCAUCGUGCCCGAGCAGCUGAAACACGUCACUGUAGGGCACGGGAGAGUGUGGGGCAUCAAAGGAGACUACGUGACGUAUAGGGCGGGCGUGGCUCAGGCCCGACCCACGGGUGUACAGUGGGACCUCGUCUACAAGACGCUUAAGCAGUUUGAUGUAUGGCAAUCGGCCUUGUGGGGAGCCGACAGCUACGACCCCAAACAAGUGUACGCCCGACUCAUCUAA